UCACCGAUCAUUAUUUUCCGGCGAGAUAGAAAUGAAUAAGCAUCUGAUUAAUCUUGUCGGCCGCCGCAUUGUUUUCAUGGCGAAGCCGUAUAUCAGGCUACUCUCAGCAUCCCCCUUCUCCACGUCGGCAUUCUCCUCUGCUUCGAAACAAUGGAACGGUGGCGUUUCGAUGGUUCAAGGAGCUUCCAGAGGGAUUGGCCUUGAAUUCGUCAAGCAAUUGUUAGAGAGAAAAGGUGAAGGGCGUGUAAUUGCAACUUGCCGGAACCCUAAUGGAGCUGCAGGGCUUCUGGAAUUGAAAGACAAGUUCUCCGAUCGCCUCGAUAUUCAUCCCUUGGACCUUACAAUUGAAAGCACUAUAGAGGAGUCAGCUAAUGCAGUUAGAGACAAAUAUGGCUCCUUAAACCUUCUUAUUAAUGCAUCUGGCAUUCUUUCAAUACCAGACAUUCUGCAGCCAGAAACGACACUGACCAAAGUACAGAGGUCAUCGAUGCUUCUUGCUUAUGAUAUCAAUGCUGUUGGUCCUAUUUUGGUUAUCAAGCACAUGUGGCCUUUGCUGAAGGCUGGAGGUGGGUGUGGAACGGGAAGGGAUUUUGCUAUUGUUGCCAACUUGAGUGCAAGGGUUGGAUCAAUUGGAGACAAUGCUUUAGGAGGAUGGCAUUCAUAUCGGUCUUCAAAGGCUGCACUAAAUCAGUUAACAAAGACCAUAUCAGUGGAAUUUGCACGCAAGAAAGAUCCUAUUAUAUGCCUCUUGCUGCACCCAGGCACGGUGGAUACAGAUCUUUCAAAACCAUUCCAGAAAAAUGUUGCCAAAGAAAAGCUUUUCACCAAAGAGUUUUCUGUGCAAAAACUCCUCAGCAUCAUCGACAAUGCAAAGCGCACUGAUAAUGGCAAAUUCUUUGCCUGGGAUGGCCAGCCAAUUCCUUGGUGAUGUGAUUGACCAUAGGCCAACUUGAUAAACCUUCCAGGAUUGCAACUUAAGCUUCCCUGUUUUCAUUGUUGUCUAAAUUUGAGUAUUUGUGGACAUGUUGACUAUUUGAUGAAUGUGCAAGCCAACAAACUCGGUGUGAUUGUGUAUCUUUACAUUCACAAAUCAAGUAUUAGGUAGCACUGAUUUUUUUAGUGCGUUUGACAAGCACAAAAAGCUAGCUUAUAGCUUCUUAUGUAAAGUUUAGCUUUUGGCUUUUUGUACGGUCAACCCAACUAAGUUGAUUGGAUUGUUGGCUUGGUUCUA